AGUCUCAAAGACUUAAAGUUUCUAUAUGGAUACUGCAACUUGGUUCUCUCUCAGGCACGGAGUCCAAGGCAGCCGCACAGCUUGCAUCUCCGCCAGAAUGAAGGUCUCUUUCCGGUGCAGCUCCUCCUGUCCUAAUCACGAGCCUCUCUUCCGCUGCUGAUGACGUUUCGCUCACCAUCCCGAAGCUCUCCCUCUUCUCCUCCAAUGGGUUCCUCUGCAACUGUCCCGUUUGGUUCUCCUCCCCUGCCGCCUGAACCACCAGAUCCGGAUCUUGUCGUGGUGUUUCCGAUAAAUCCUCCAGACCCUCCACCGGUCCUGCUGGUUUGUCCCUUUCUCCGCCAGUUCUCGCCGUCUUACACCGCUCCUCUCAAUCAAAAGGAAAUCGAAUCUCUUAUGCCAUGGGAUCUCUGCUUUUCAACCGGUUGUUUGCUCAAGCCUCUCUGCCCAGACGUCGAUGUGCUAUCCACGCAGCCUGCUCUGCUGCAUCUUUCGUUGGCUGGAAUUUCUCCCUCCGGAGCUCUCAACUCUGGCCUGAGUUACUCCUCCUUUCGACAUUAUCCCGUUUCAAAGCCGAUAAUUAUUACCUCUUGUGUGGAACAUGUUUUGUUAAAGUCAGCCUUAAGGGCAUCAACGAUUUAUCAUCAAGAGUCGUGUGUGGUUUCCUUAUCUGUUGCAAGAUUAUUGGUAUCAAUAGCUGAGUGCAAGCUGACUUCCCUUCAUUACUCAUCUCUUCAAAGUCUUGAGGACUGGGCUUGGAAGGUUGAAAUAUUGGUGGUGAUUUUCUCUCUGUUGGCAGCUCUUAAUACCGCAAUGCAGCAUUUUGAAGUGGAGCUCUCUACUGCUUUAUGCAGUUCUCAGUCAAGGCCUAUCUUCUCUUGCUUCAAGCUCUCGCAAGGCUAUGGUGGUUCUCCUCACAGCUCUCAGUCUCUUCAAAGAGGUGUUUGGUCGCCUUUGAGCUUGUAGCUGGGUCUUUCCCAAUUGGUUACUUUCAGAUUUGCCCGGCAAAGGGAAUGUGGAUGCAAGGCCGUGUCCUCCAUCGCUUAUUGAGUAGAGUGGGCUCUGGACACGUCGUCAAAGCGGUGAUGAUUCACAAAGCCUCUCAACCAGCAAUAUCAACUGGACUCUCAAGACUUCAGAUUCUUCCGGACUCAAUCGUCCCCUUCUGUUCCCUGCGCUUAGGGAUGGACUUGAAUGAGAUUACAGGUUUCUUGAGCUUCAAAAACCUUGUUCCUCUCUUCACUCCGUUAUCAUGUGUUUAUAAUCUACGCACAGCAUUAUGUUUAGCUGUUGCUUUUGCAAAGGGUGUUGUACCCAGACUUUGUAUUUCAAGUACUCUGCUUUGAGUUGGAUAUGAAAUAAAAUUGUUGACAAAAAAAAAAAAAAAAA